UCCCUUGACAUUCUUGAAAGGGGAACGGAGUUUAAGGAGAUUUUAGAAGUGGAUGUCGACAAUCAAACCGAAGUGUUCCGUGUUCCUCAGCACAACGAUGUGGACGCAAUGGACAUGAUGAAUGAUUUUAACUUGGGCUUAACUGUUCGCCGAAUGCCAUCAGCUAGAGUCUGCUAUGUAUCCCACCUGGACUUAUCUAUUCCCCGGCCAGAGCAGAUGAAGUUCAAUAUGGAAGAGAUGUCUUUACGAGGGCAAUUUUCCUCCUCAAAUAUGACGAUUAAGAAGACUGGUUGGAAAGUGGUGGGCUAUGCAAGUCGACUGGAUUUACCCCAAACGUUUAUCGAUUUUUGUGGUGGAUUUCCUAUCUUCAGAGUUGAAAAAACUUCUUUGAAUUUCGAUAAAGUGAAAUCGAUGGUCAAGCGAGGUCAUGGACGUGGGAGACGGAGUCACAAUUUAAAAGACAUCUCGACAUGCACCCCGGAAGGCCUAAAGAAGUGGUUGGAUUGUUUGGUAAAACAAAACGGAAAUAGAAAAGGCUAUUUGGAUGGUACUCAUGUUGCAUAUGACUUGAAAUGCACUUACGAGACCUACACUUGUUUUUAUGUGUAUACCUGCAAACCAAAAAGUGGAGGUGGCUACGAAUGCUCAGAAGAUGCACAUUUCAUUAAUUACACUGGUAUCUGUUGUUAUCCCAUAUGUUGA